GCAAGCUGCCGGGUCAUCACGUGGCAUAUUGUAGCUGGACGCGAGUGACAGUGUCUUGUGAACUACCGCAGUAUCUUACCAGGGGGCAGGCUGUCAUCAUCAAUACGGUUUCGUCAUAAGAGCCUAAAUAAUUGGAGACAACUUGUUAAUAAGCAUAUUGAACCACGAUGGUGUAGUAAGCCAGGAUGUGGAGCGGUCAGGGCUCUUGUUUUCUAUCAUGAGGAGACUCAUCGGCAUCCUGUGGAUUGUCCUCGUACUAAUCUCAGGAUGCUGUGGCAACCCUGACGCCAAGCGGUUGUACGAUGACCUGCUCUCCAAUUACAACAAACUAGUGCGGCCAGUCGUGAACGUGUCAGAUGCUCUCACAGUCAAAAUCAAGCUCAAACUUUCUCAGCUCAUCGACGUGAAUCUCAAGAACCAAAUAAUGACAACGAAUUUAUGGGUAGAACAGUCCUGGUACGACUACAAACUCCAGUGGGAUCCUAAGGAGUACGGCGGUGUGGAAAUGCUUCACGUACCCUCAGACCACAUAUGGAGACCGGACAUCGUCCUCUAUAACAAUGCUGAUGGCAACUUUGAAGUGACAUUAGCCACAAAAGCUACACUGAACUACACCGGCCGAGUAGAGUGGAAACCGCCUGCCAUCUACAAGUCAUCAUGCGAGAUAGACGUAGAAUAUUUUCCUUUCGACGAGCAGACUUGUGUGAUGAAAUUCGGCUCCUGGACAUACGACGGCUUCCAGGUGGACCUCCGCCACGUGGAUGAGGUUAAGGACUCAAACAUAGUAGAGAUAGGUGUCGACCUCUCCGAGUUCUACACGUCGGUGGAGUGGGACAUCCUGGAGGUUCCAGCAGUAAGACAUGAAAAGUUUUACACAUGUUGCGACGAACCCUACCUGGACAUCACGUUCAACAUCACGAUGAGACGGAAGACCCUCUUCUACACUGUAAACCUUAUAAUUCCCUGCAUGGGGAUCUCCUUUCUCACCGUUCUCGUAUUCUACCUGCCUUCUGACAGUGGGGAGAAGGUAAGCCUGUCCAUUUCCAUUCUACUGUCGCUCACUGUGUUCUUCCUGCUACUGGCUGAGAUCAUUCCUCCUACGUCUCUCGUAGUCCCUCUGCUCGGCAAGUUCGUUCUGUUCACCAUGAUUCUCGAUACGUUCAGCAUUUGCGUGACGGUGGUGGUCCUGAACGUACACUUCCGGUCGCCCCAGACUCACACGAUGGCCCCGUGGGUCAAGAGAGUGUUCAUCCACAUACUGCCCCGUCUGCUCGUCAUGCGGAGGCCGCACUACCAGAUAGACAAACGCAGCUUGGCCAGUUCAUGUCACCGCAUCAUGGUCCGUACCUGCAACGGUCUGGAACUGCGCGAUCCGGGCCUAUACGCUCAGAACCCCGCGUCGGAGUUGCUGGACCCCACCCAGAGGGACCCCUUCCCUAACCUAGAGAGGCUAGACGAUUUUGCCCCAAGAGAACUAGCGGCCUCUGGGUUAGGCAGUGCAUGCCGUAUCCAUGGCACGCCACCACUUCCCGCCAUGCUGUGCCCGGAUGACCUGCCACCCCCACCGCCAACCGAGGACACCACCCUGCCGCCCCUUUGUCGCCGCCUCACCCACUGGCACCACUGCCCCGAACUGCACAAAGCCAUCGACGGUGUGCGGUUCAUCGCUGACCACACCAAGCGCGAGGAGGACUCCACUAAAGUGAAGGAGGACUGGAAGUACGUGGCUAUGGUCCUUGACCGGCUGUUUUUGUGGAUAUUCACAUUGGCGGUCCUGGUGGGUACUGCAGGAAUCAUCCUUCAGGCACCCACACUGUAUGACGAUCGGAUACCCAUCGACGUCAGGCUGUCCGAAAUCGCCUCCACGACCGCCAAGCCACACAUCGCCACGGGGCUUUAAGUCUCAUCGACGCGUACGGAUUAUUUGAAAAGUACGGAGACGUCCAAAAGCCAAAUGAGGCGAGGCAGAGAAGAUCUCGCAGACUCCUAAUUUCUUAUUCAGAACGUUAAUUUUCUAUAUUCUUUUUCAUAAAUUGCUCAGAACUUGUAUGGAUCUUAGGUUUUAACAGAUAGUAUAUUAUUGUUGGAUUGGGAAUCAAAGAUUUAUUAUAAAUAAUUAAUAUUAGUUGUAUUCAUUUAUAAGUGUAAUACGUGGAUACACAUAGAUUAGAUUGGACAAGGAAACAUGCACAGUGCUAAGUAAACAGGAAAUAUUAAAUUUUAUACAAAUAAUUUGGCCGUAUAGGUUAAUAGUAUUUGUUUUUAUUAAAAGAAAUUGUUUUAUUGUUAUAUAAAAACCAGUAUGUUGUAAAUCAACUAUAUCAUAAUGUUAUCCUCAGCUAGUUUUCCUCUCUAAUUACAAAUAAUAUUAUCUCUCCUUUAUUGUGAAACAUUAAAAAUUAUAUUUUUAGUUCAUUGUUACAAUACAAAAUUGUUUUAUAUCAUAAAUAGAAACAUUUGCUCAUUUUUAACUUAUUAAAGCGUAAUUUAUGAGGUUUAAACUUGAGCAUUUAAUAUUUUAAUAUAUUAUUUUUAAUUAUACAGCAGGAUUAUUCAGGUGGGGAUAUUUUACCACAAAGUCUUCAUAAUUAUAAAUAAUUUAGUGUGGAAUUGAGAUUCAAAGUAAAGAUUGUUCGCUGUGCAUGUUUUCAAAAUUAGCACAAACUCAAAAAUAAGACAAUAUCGUAAUGUGUCGCUUUAUAGAAGAAACAAACUGAACCUCUCGCUUAUUACCUUGACUCAUGCUCAUUCUGUUUCAUAGUAGACUAUACGAUUGUUUUUUCUUACGAUCAUUUGUUUCGAGUAAACAUAUACUUGUUUAUUUUACUCAUCUCAAAGUUUUGAAGCAACCUGCUAGAGUUUGUUAUACUUUAAUAAAAUCUAAUGUAGUAAUUUAUAUUUUUUCAUUGGAUAGAAAAUAAAUACAUAAAUGUUUCAGUAAACCAUUAAAUUUUCGAUACUUUAAAAUUAUAAAUGAGUUUGUCUGAUUUUUCAAAAUUGCUUGCUUCUAAUAUUUGCAAACAGUCUAGAACAUUUCUUAUAAAACGUAUCCUACCUUAUAGCCCUGUGACAGUGUUAUAAAGAUGUAAUAUAACUAUUGUAAAUUGCAUUAUAAAAUACAAUUAUUGAAACUAAUAUUAGAUAAAGGGACCAAAGUGGACCCAUCUGUCAAUAGAUACUGUUAUAGCCAUAUUUUAAAAUAGUCAAAGGGAAGCGCCUCUUUUUACUUUAAUUUUUUGACAAGAUAUGGAAAUAAAAAAACCCAAAUAUUUUUUUAUUUUCUGAUUUUUAUAUCACAGAUUCCGAUAGAAAAUUGGUCAUUUACAUUAUGUCUAUAUGUGUUUAUAUAUGUUAUGUUGGUAAAUAUACUGAGAGUUUGUUUAUUAGAUUAAAGAAUAUACUAUUGGUUAUAUAUUUAUAUCUGAGGAAUUUAGUAACUUAUUUUAUGCCAUGAGAAUUACAUUUUUGAAACCAAAUGUGUUGCCAUCAGCAAAAGGUUUUUUUUUAUCUAAAAGUAUAGGAAAAAUUCACCAAAUUUACUAUGAAAAUUGAGUUUAUGCAUAAAUCUAUUACGGAUGUAGCGCUUUACAAGCCAUAUACAUAGCACAGUUUAGCGUAAGUCAGGAUAAAAAAUUAAAUAAGUUUUUUUAAUAUGCCUUUGAUGUUUGAAGAUGAAAAUUCUAGUUUCAUAAUUCAAAACUUUUAUAUCAAUAUUUAAGUUUAUUCUGGUUCCACUGAAACUGUUUCAUUAAUCCAGUUUUAUUUGUCAUGAAACUAGUAUUAUUCUUUCUUUUUCCCUAACACAUGUUUGAACGUGUUUCUCAAUUACCGGCUUUUUUACUCACUGUUGCUUAUGUCUAAUCCAUAUAAAAUGAGUUAAAUACAUGUUUUAGAGAAUAACAAUGGUUUGGAGGUUAAAUCUUCGAUGAAACUAUCGUUUAAAAAGAUUUUAUAAAAAUUAGUUGAAAAGAAAUGUUAAUAAACAAAUGUUCUAAUUAGAACAUUAGAACCAUUACCUCCAGAUUCCUACUUUUUCAGUAGGUAAAAUCUCAAAUUUAGAACACAUAUCUCUGGUAUGAAUAUUUAAUCCGUUUAUCUACCAUUAAAAAUGGAAUGAUAUGGUUAUGAGCUAAAAUUAAACAGUAUACUCGUAUAAUGAAUUAUUCCAAAUCGUCGAGAACUUUAUGACCAAUGAUUUUGUCCGCGAUUAAUAAAUAUAUAUUUCAUCUGCAAUUUCAAAACUAACUAUGUAUGUUUGAAAUAGCAAUACACGUUUCGAUUACUUAUGAUAGUGGUUUGAAAAAUGUAUUUUUAAAAUCAAAACAUUCAUAGAAGCCGUUUAUUUUUAAUAGGAGCUUGAAAAUACUUGGAAAAAACUCGUAAUAAAAUAUUUGGAAUUGAAUUAAUUGUAAUCAAUAGACAUUAAUUAGGUAUUUUAUGAGUAUCUUGGCAUUAUUACACAGUGUAAAAUUAUAGCCAUUCCACUUUUUAAACCGAUUUCUUAUAUGAAGAUAAUUAAUUUACUAUAAAUAUUUGAAAAUUUUAACUAUAAGAAGAUGUAAAGAUUUUUUUAUAUUUUUAUCAUAACGAAAGUUAUUUGUCAUAAUGUUUCAACGCUUUAUACCAACGAGAAUGAAACCCAACCAAUAAAAACUGCAAGAAAUGGAAUUACAUGCCUAGCAAAAGAUUGCGCCCGCAUACAGUAUUCAUUUUUCUACAAAAAACUUAAACCUUAAACAGGAAUAACUGUAUCAAGAAAAAGGAAUUAUGUGUACAUUAUAAGCUUCAACUCGGGGAAUCUCACCCAAAAGUUGACGUCUUGCCGACAGAAGAAAGGUUUUACGCCUUAAAUAAAUAAAACAAGCCGUUGCCUGACUAUUUUGAAUACGUCCCAACUCUCUUUUCCCCUUUUCUUGACCUUAAACAGGAGGUAACUCGCUCAAACAUUGAUAUCGUGCUGACAAAAUGUACUAAAUGUACUUAACAUCUUAAAUAUCCAGAAUGGCUUAGCAAACAGUUUUUGUGGCCAUUACUAUAUUAAAAACGCGAUAUUUGUUACAUUUAUGACGUAGUGCUAAAGGAAUACAUUUUUACACAUUAACAAAAUAAAACAGCUAAUGUUAGAAUGUAUAAUGUCACCAAUCACACAAAAUUAUCUGUAUACAUUACGAGCUUGGAACCAAAGAAGAUAAAACUAAGUUAAUCUCUUAGUGGUCAUAUAAGAGAUUACCUUAUUCCGAGAACAAAUGUAACCAAGCUGUGUUCUGAAUGCAAACUGUAACAAAUUUAAUAAAUGUUUUUCCCGUUUAGUUUUUGAGAUAAACACGAAUUGCCUCGCUCAAGUUUAGGCGUGAUUGCUGAUUAAAUUAAUUGUUUUUAUCGUUGAACUAAUAAAACAAAUCAUUUGCUUAAUACAAACAUAUUUUGAGCUUAAACAUAAAUUAGGGAAAUCAGGUGGCCGAGUAGUCUAAGACGUUGGACAUUGUACAUGCGUUAGAGAUCUCGCAGCUUUAAUCAACUAUCGGUAAUAAAAUUAAACUGUUUGCGUGUUCCGGUAUACGAGAAUUAUCAACACGAUAGAUCUAACUGAAAAAAUUACGAAUUCAGAAAGAAGGAGAAAAGUUUUUAACAUCUUAAUCAAAUAAAAUAGACCUAUUUCGAACUAUGUUAUGUUGCACGUCAAAAGACAUUUUCUGUUUAUUCUUGUAUUUUUAUUACAUUUCAGCAUAAGUAUUCUCGCUCAAAGGUUUCAAUUUUCCACUUAGAACGUUUUCUUUUAGACCUAUUUGUUUUUUUGUAUUUAAGAAGUUUUCAAAUUAUAAAAUUUCAUACAUUUCAUUCAAUAUCUUGUUUUUUUUGUUUUUUUUUUUGCUGUUUUCAAAAUAUACAUUUUUGGCAAAUAUUCAAUUUAAUUUAUACUGAGCACGAAGCACAUAAAAAAUCUUUUAUUUAGCAGCUUUCCUGUUUAAAAAAAGAAAUCUCGCUCAAAGGUGACUUUGAGAAAUAAUUAAAGUGAUCUUAGACCUUUAAGACGUGUAAUCAAGCCAUUUAUUCUUUCAAAUAAAAAUAAAAAUUUUAAAGGCGUUUUACGAUUUUAUAGUUUUAGGGAUUUCCACUACUCUGAAAUAAAUAUUAACGGAGGUGUAACGAAGGUUUGGCUUCAGGGGGGGGGAUGAAUACGAUUUAAAAGCACACUAUAAGGGAUAGGACACGGACAAAUCUGAACAAAUCUAAAUUUGAAAAAGAACAGCCUAUUUUAAGUCUUGUAUUUGAAACAAAUUGUAUUGCAGUUAUACGAAUAUUUUAUUUUUGCAGUUCUCGGGUGGCUGUACUAGCCCUCUUCUACCCUCCUCACAGUUACGCCACUGAGACAUUAUGACGAUAAAUCAAAUUAUUUUACUCGAAAAACGAAAUACUAAUACGUGUCUCAUAUUAAUUUGUGUCGUUAUUCAUAAAUACCAUAUUUUUACAAUUUGAGGAACUUUGCUCAAAAUAUCAUAUCAACAGAACAUAUUAUCUUACACCUUAAAGAAAUAGGACUAACCUAUUCCUAGACUUAUAAUGUCGCCAAUCAAGUUAAAUUGUACUUUUUACCUUAUGAGUUAUUCCAACAAGAGGAAUCUUGCUCAAAAAAAUUGUUUUCUACAUUACACGUAUAAAUACAAAGCAUUUUUAAAAUAUUUAGUUUCCCAAAUCAAACUAAAUUUGUUAUGAACUUUUUAAGUUAACACACGAGCAAUCUUGCUUAGAUCUUAAAAUCAUCGAUAGAAAGAAUUUUAUUUUACACCUUAAAAAAAUAAAACUGAGGCAUAUUUAAAAUAUGUAAUAUAUGGUAUCUUAAAUAAAUAAACCACACUAUCUUUAGACUGUAACUUGGCUAAAUCAGGAAUGCAGUGUUAAUUUACGGUGUAUUUUAUGAGGUUAGAUAAGUCAUGAACGUUCAAAAUUUUACAUAGUGUCGAUAAAAGCCAUGCUUUUACUAUGAAUCAAUUAGACCAAAUUAUAUUUCAGUUUACUUCUUGAGUUUAAAUAUGAGGAAACACGCUCCAAAGAUGGAAGCGAGAUUUAUUUGUUUUAAUUAUUUUAGUGACUUCGUUUUAUUUGUAUUGCCGAUAUAACGUUAACGCUUAAGAUGGUACAUUAGUGAUUUUAGGUUUCUUAAAUACUAUACUAAUAAGCGUUAGGACUACGAGUAGCUUCAUUUAUGACUUAACGGAAUUAUAUUUGUAAUUAAAUAAGGCUAAGGAAAAUUACAUUUUAAACUAUUUUUUCUUAAUGAAAUGGUUGUUUUAUGUAUAAAAGACAACUCAUUUUUUAUCUUUAGUCUUUUGGUUUUAACCUGAUUUAAAAAUUGCAUAUAU